GCGCUCCCAGGGGGCGGGGCCAAGAGAGUGGCGCCAAAAAGCGAACAUGGCGCCGGAGCGCUUGCGGAGCCGGGUGCUCUCAGCCUUCAAGCUUCGUGGUUUGCUGCUGCGGAGUGAAGCAAUUAAGUACCUCAUAGAAGCUCUUCAAUCUAUUAGUGAAGUAGAGCUUGAAGAUGCACUGGAAAAGAUCAUCGAUGCAGUUGAAAAGCAACCCUUGUCAUCAAACAUGAUUGAACGGCCUGUCGUGGAAGCAGCAGUUCAGGAAUGCAGUCAGUCUGUAGAUGAGACUAGAGAACAUAUUUUCAAUAUCAUUGGUGCCUUUGAUAGUCCACGCUUUGUGUACAACUCAGAAAGAAAAAAAUUUCUUCCUCUUUCAAUGACCGACCACCCUGCACCAAGUUUAUUUGGAACAGCCAGAGAUAAAGCAGAAGUAUUUCGUGAACGAUACACUAUUUUGCACCAGCGGACACACAGACAUGAAUUAUUCACUCCUCCAGUGAUAGGUUCUCAUCCUGAUGAAAGCGGAAACAAAUUCCAGCUUAAAACAAUAGAAACCUUACUGGGUAGUACAACCAAAAUUGGAGAUGUGAUUGUUCUUGGAAUGAUAACCCAGUUAAAGGAGGGCAAAUUUUUUCUUGAAGACCCUACAGGAACAGUACAACUGGAUCUUAGUAAAGCUCAGUUCCAUAGUGGCUUAUAUACAGAGUCGUGCUUUGUCUUAGCAGAAGGUUGGUUUGAAGAUCAAAUAUUUCAUGUCAAUGCCUUUGGAUUUCCACCUACUGAACCCUCUAGUACUACCAGGGCAUACUAUGGAAAUAUUAAUUUUUUUGGAGGGCCUUCAACUACAUCUGUGAAAACUUCUACAAAAUUAAAACAACUAGAAGAUGAGAAUAAAGAUGCCAUGUUUGUGUUUAUGUCUGAUGUUUGGUUGGACAGAGUAGAAGUAAUGGAAAAACUUCACACCAUGUUUUCUGGUUACUCACCAGCACCUCCAACUUGCUUUAUACUAUGUGGCAAUUUCUCAUCUGCACCAUAUGGAAAAAAUCAAGUUAAGGCUUUGAAAGAGUCCCUAAAAUCUUUGGCAGACAUAAUAUGUGAAUAUCCAAGCAUUCACCAAAGCAGUCGUUUUGUGUUUGUGCCUGGCCCAGAGGAUCCUGGAUUUGGUUCUAUCCUACCAAGGCCACCUCUUGCUGAAUGCAUCACUAAUGAAUUCAAACAGAGAGUACCAUUUUCAGUUUUUACAACUAAUCCCUGCAGAAUUCAGUAUUGUACACAAGAAAUUAUUGUCUUUCGUGAAGACUUGGUGAAUAAAAUGUGCAGGAACUGUGUCCGUUUUCCUAGUAGAAAUUGGGAUAUUCCUAAUCAUUUUGUAAAGACUAUCCUAUCCCAAGGACACCUGACUCCUCUCCCUCUCCACGUCUGCCCAGUGUACUGGGCCUAUGACUAUGCGCUGAGAGUGUAUCCUGUGCCCGACCUACUUGUCAUCGCAGACAAAUACGACCCUUUCUCCUUGACCAAUACUGAGUGCCUCUGCAUAAAUCCUGGCUCAUUUCCAAGAAGUGGAUUUUCAUUCAAGGUUUUUUAUCCUUCCAGUAAGACAAUAGAAGAUAGCAAACUUCAAGGGUUUUGAGAUUAUUAAAGAUCAU